CAAACCAGUAGUUAGCAAAUUGCACAACUUCCAGCUCAUCGCUACGCUGGGUGACUACUAACAAGCUGAAGGAGGUGAGGGGAAAGAGGGGGAGGAAAGAACACCCCAGCCUUGGAUUUGGCCGCGUUGAUGUGGUGGUUCGGCCGCUGGAGUGGCUAUGGCUCCCUUUGGAAGGAAUCUAUUAAAGACUCGGCACAAAAGCAGAUCUCCAGACAAGAACAUGGCUUCUGAUGAAAGGGAGAUAGUGGUUUGGAUAUGCCAGGAGGAGAAAAUUGUAUGCGGACUGACAAAGCGCACAACCUGUGCUGACGUGAUCCAGGCUCUACUAGAGGAUCAUCAAGCUACGUCUGGAGAAAAAAGGUUUCUUUUUGGACAACCUAGAGAUUAUUGUAUCAUAGAAAAAUGGAGAGGCUCUGAGCGGGUCCUUCCCCCGCUGACAAAAAUGCUGAGACUUUGGAAGGCCUGGGGAGAAGAGCAGCCCAAUUUGCACUUUGUUCUGGUGAAGUCAGAUGCUUUCCUCUCAUUUCCAUUGUGGAGGACAGCUGAAGCAAAGAUAGUACAAAACAUAGGAAGACAAUGGGAGCUCAGCCCAGCGAAUUACAUGAAGAUGUUGCCAGUGGAUAAGCAAAAGAGGAUUGUUAGAAAGACUUUCAGGAAACUGGCCAAACUUAAACAGGACAAUACUCUGCAAGAGCGAGACAAUAUGGAGACAUUGAUUCAUCUGAUCAUUUCCCAAGAUCAUACCAUUCAUCAGCAAGUCAAUAGAAUGAAGGAAUUGGAUACGGAAAUUGAAAAAUGUGAAGCCAAAUUCCAUCUAGUUCAGGUAGAAAAUGAUGGAGAAAGUUAUGUGCAGGAUUCUUAUUUCAUAGCUACUCCAAAUGAUGCUGAGCAACGAACACAUGUGCCACAUAGUCAACAUCAGAUGCAUGAAUACUUGAGUAAAAGUGAUGGAAUUUUACAGAUGGAAGAAGGACUGAAACAUCACAAACUACUCAUUGAAAAGCUCUGUGCCGAAAUUGAAGAAGAGGUAAAAGGUGUAUGCACUGAAAAAAAUGGAGAUGGUAAAUGCAUGGCAGAGGCCUUAAAUGGCCAACUAGAAUCCUCAAAUUUAGAAAGUGUCAAACAUGAGUUGGAAAAAAGUACAAAAGAUGGCUUGAGAAUCCACUCUCACUUGAGCUGCAUUCAGAAAGAGCUUACCUACAGGGACUUGCUGCUGCAAAAGAAGGAAAAAGAAUAUGAACUCCUUGCAGAAGAAUUUAAUUCACUGCAUAUCAAAGACAAAAUUGAAUCCAGAUGUCCAGCUAACGAAGAGCAAGCAAAAGGCAGCGAGGUUACCAGCAAGUGUGUCACAGUGCCAGACUUUGUUCGUAAAGUGACUAAUUUAGACAUAAAUGAUACGGACUCUGACACUGGAAUCAGCUCAACUCAUAGUCAGGACUCUGAAACAGCUUUAGGAGAUAUGAUAUUAUUGUCAACAUUGUGCACAUGACAGAGAGCAAUAUAAAAACAACCAUCUUUGGGGGAUAUUUAUCCUUUUAAUACUCUUGCUAUCAUAGGGUAUGUCUACACUGCAGCUGGAAGUGAGCCUCCCAGCCUGGAUAGACAGACUUGUACUAGCAGAGCUUGAGCUAGCUCACCAAAAACAGCAGUAUGGAUGUCGCGGCUAGGGCUGCAAUCUAGGCUCUGAAGCCGGCCCGACCCCCUAGACUUGAGAGCCCGAACUACAGCCCAAAGAACAACAUCCACUGUUUUUAGUGUGUUAGCUUGAGCCUCACUAGUGAAAAUCUGUCUACUCAGACGGGGAGGAUAUGGUAUAAGACAUGCCCAUAUCGUCUCGGACCUGAAGGUAUUGACUACUCUGGCCCCAAUCCAACAAAGCACUUUAGUAUGUGUGUAAUUAUGAACACAAGGGACUACACGUGCUCAAACCAACACACAUACUCUAGCAUGUAAGUAAUCCCGUGUGUUUACAGUUACACACGUGCUAAAGCACUUUGCUGGAUUGGGGGUCAGAGUGCUCAGGGUUUUGUGAGACUGAGCUUCAUUGAGACAAAAGUAUUCUGAUGGGAGAUGGCCUGAACCAAAAUUCCAGAUCUGAAACCCUGUGAUCUUUGGGUCCAUCUCUACAUCUGACUAAUCUUUUAGGAAUGUGGACAUAAGGGAUAGACCAAUUUAGACAGACAACUUGAUUAUCUGCUCUAUUACACUGGCUUUCUUCAACUGGAGUAACAGGGUGUAAGAUAAGGCACACAAUUGGUUAAAAUGUAGUUUUCAUGAUACUGUAGAGCUGAUAAAAAGCAUAUACUUUUUAUGUUGUAUAUUUAAAUUUCAUUACCACAGAUCACAAAGGGUAAAAUUUUCAAAAGCACUUAAGUGCCAUUUUCAUAAGUGACUUAAGCACAUAGAUUUAUGUCUACACUGCAAUUAAAACCCAAUGGCUGGCCCAUGUCAGCUAAGGGGCU